ACACUCCCAUUUGUUUGUAAUUGUCUCACAUCUUGGCUGGCACUGCAUCGUGGCUCUCGCUGCAGUGAAAAUGCAGGCUGGCAGCUUCUCCUUGCAUGAACCCUGACUGUGCACAGUGAGCCUGCCAGAGAGCACAGAGCAGUCAAAGAGAGUCGGCUGCGGGACAAGCAACUAAGUCUCAUUGUAUCCGGGACCAGUGGGAUGUGCCUUACUGAGGGUCUAUAGACUGAGGAAAAACAACAUCCUCGUCUGAUCCUGAGUGUCAGGGAGACAACAGAGAGACCAAAGGAUUAUUCUCUGCUCUGAGCCAGCGUUACAUCUGUGUGUUAUAUGCAUUAAAGCAGAACUGGACGCUAUGGAGCUGCUGUUUUGUGAAGUCGAACCGCUGAGGCUGGACGCAUCGUAUGCAGCUGCCACCCUGAUCUUCUCUGUCCUGCUGGGCGUGUGGUCCUCUCAGGCCCUUGAGAUGUCCGUGGGAAAAAUUCCCUUUCUCGAGGCAGUAAACGGCAGCACCGUCAUGUUGCCUUGUACAUACUCCAGCUGCAUUGGUAUUGAUAAACUUUAUUUCAACUGGCAGUUCAACAACAAUGGCACCAUGGAUAUGAUUUGUGAUUCAACAAUCCCAUCGGAAGGAGUGGAGCCAUACGUGACGAUAUAUAAAGAACGAGUAGAGUUUGUUGGAAAGAAUCAUCACAACAACGUUUCAAUUCUGCUAUGGAACAUCACCUUCGAGGAUGGAGGCUUCUACACUUGCUUCGGACGCAACCCGAAAGAGAGGUCUAAGAACCACAGCGCCAUUUUUCACCUCAUCGUGGUGGAUGAGCUCAGGGUGGUGGACAACACGUUGACCAUUAUCAUAGCCUCAGCAGUAGGUGGAGCAAUUGCAUUCUUGAUGGGCUUCAUGUUGCUCAAGAACUUCACACUUUUUGUUCUCUCCAAGCUCGAGGAGAAAAAUAAGGAGUGCCUUGUAACUUCGUCUGGGAUUGAUAACACAGAGAACGGUCUCUCAGGAUCCAAAGCAGACUCCAAGGCAACGCCAAAAAAGAAAUGAGGAGGUGCAUGAACAAGUACACCACAUGUUUUUAUUUAUUUAUUUAUUUUUAUUUUUACAGAAAAAUUCUACCUGGCAAUUGAAAUAUAUGCGCAUCGAUUACCAAUAAUACAGUUCUUGAAACAUGUACUGUAACAGCAUGACUAGCUAAUGAUAAUGUAAAUUGUACAAAAUAUUUAUUUACAUCUUUAGCAGAAUUACAUCUAACUCUUUUAUUCAGGAUGUGUUUCAUUUUUAAAACAGGGACUUUUUGCAGCUGUGGAAACAUGUGACGGUGGCCAUUUAGAAUUUUCCCUUUGUUCAUUAGCUCACUAUAGGCUCAAAUGUAUUGUUUUGCUGACUUACUGUAAGCCAUGUUUAGCUGAUAUUUGGCUAUGUUUCGGGCUAAUUUAGCUGCUACAUCGGUCUUAUGGAUUUUUUUUACUUUCAUGGUCAACCUUUAAAUUUUUAUUUAAAUUUCAGUAUAUCUGUUAAUUUGUUUGUUUAUAGAUUUAUUUUUAUAUUACGGGUCAAAUUCUAAUGGCAAUAUGCUGAGGGUAUUUUGCCCUAAGCCCUUGCUAAAUACCAAGCCAGGAAAACCCUUAAUGCAUCGUAAAUUCAUGUGCAUCUCAGAGUACAAAGCAAAGUGGCCAUAUUAUUUACAUAGUACAGUCUGGAUAAAAGACCCCCGCACCCGUUAGCUAAAGAGUGUAGAUCGAUAUAUUUCUCUCACAGCAGCCAUCGCGUCAUCACAUUUGUGUCUCUGGUAAACAGUUUAUUUACAUUAAUCAUCAAAAGAAACUAUGCACACUUAUCAAUCUCAAUCUUUUAUUUAUUUGCAAAUGUAUGAAUUAGCAUUGCUAUUGCUUAAUCUUCCCUGAGGUUCAGCUAAUUGUAGAACUCAUUCUAAGCCUUUGACUUUGAAACUCGUCACUUAGUUACCAGGGCCAUCACCCAGAAUGCCAGUUAUUUUCCUGAUUUGUUUUGGCACCAGUUUUGUACUCUCUGAUUCAACUCAUCUGUGGCUUUGGACAGACACUGGGAGGACACAGACAUGGCAGCAGUGACUGGGUUUAUUAUUAGCAAUGUUGACUGUUGUGUUAGUGCAGUCUGUUUUCCCAGCUCCAGAAGAUUUGAUUUAAAAGAAAUUGAUGGUUUCUAAUCUUAAAUGAAGACUUAACCUUCCAAUGCUAUUUAACCUUUAGGUUUGCCUUCAAAAGUGUAUCUGAAACUGCCAAAUAAAUAAUUGGCCUGAUUUUUCAUUCAGCUAAUUACAGAAGCAGAAAACAGCAGUGAAGGCAGCAAAAAAAAACCUCAGCAUGUUGUCUUACCACUGUAUGUCUCUGCAGCACAAAUUCUAUAAUGACUUAUUAGUGUAGAUUAAUUAUAAGUCAUUUUGUAUGUCAUCACUGGAAUCUACACUCGACUGCUUUUCUGCUCCUCUGUCUGCCUGGCCACCAGUAACGAAAUAUACGCACAUGAAAAUACAGUUUUCUGAAAGCAAUAGAAAAUCCCUUCAAAUAAUUUCUACCAGUUUUAGAAAAAAAAAACCUUUGAUGCUUACGCUUUAGGAAAAAGAACUAAUGUAGUUGAGCAUGUAUAAGGACGACUUCAAACACAUUGCUUCAAACAGGCCUAGCAUAAACUUGUGAUGUAAUUACAUCAAUAGAAUCGGCACUAAGGCUAAAUAAUAUUAACUAUAUAUAUAUGUAUAUCACAUUUUAUGCAAUAUUAGCAUAAUUGAACUAAUUGCUAGAGUUAUUAGUUGCACUGGUCUCAGUGUUUUGGCUAUGCAUGGUCCACGUUAUCUUCCAGAGCAAAUAAAGCUGUGUUUUAAAAUUACAAACCAUCAGAAAAAAAUUCACAAUAUAUAUAUACAUAAAUAUAUUUCAAAAUCAAACUAAAAAAGAUACAAAAACAUUCUCAGUUAUCUCUCUCUGAAACAAACUGUCAACCAUUGAAACCUUUUAAAGCCACCUACUACUGGUUGCACUACAAACGAUACACAAAAUGUGACAUUACAUUAUUAAAUAUACAUUACACUGUACUUGCUAGGGAACUACGCAGUUUUGUUUAAUGGCUAUCGUAUUUUAGGUUUGUUAGCAAAGAGCAUGUAGAUUCCCUUUCUUGGCCACUAGGUGAUGCUAAUUCACAUUUAAUGGUCCUGCUCCAUAAAUCAGGUAUACUAGUUGAUUGUCUUUUAAUUUAAUCCCGUGAAUUUGGUCCAGAUUUUACACAUAUAGAAAAUGCACAUCAUUAAAGACACGUAGCAUGUAGUGUGUAAUCAGCACGCUAACAACCAGCAUUUAGCUGCGUUUUAGUGGCACGCUAGCAUGUAGUGGACAAGUGCCUUGCUAGUGGUGCACUAGAACACAGCAUUUACGCCGUUUUUGCCAAAUACUUGCUAAAUAUUUACACGAGUAAAUAUUUUAACUAGAGAAUGUCAAGAUAACUUGCAAACAUACUGUAAGAUGUCCGGAUGCCUUUGAACAGAAAGUAGAAAAGAAAAAGCAUAAGAACCUUGUUGGUGUUCACAGCACCACAUACUUUCUGUGACACUCUUAACGUGAGGAUUCAUUUAAAAUAUUUCUGAGGGUUGUUCAUGAGGGUAUGCAGGUACUAGAGCUUUAAAUAGUAAUAUAUGUUGAAUCCAUUUUGCACAUUGUGUUAGCGAGCGCUAACGCUGUCAGGUCAAAUAUAUUAUUAUAGUUUGGUCGAUAAUCACUGUGUCCUCUGCAUUACUUGCAAUUUGUGUACAUAUGAUCCUUUUACCAUCCCAGUGAAACAAAGGGAUAACAAAUCUAGCUCUAUGUUUGCUUUUAUUUAUUUAUUUUAUUGAGGAAGUAACUCUAAGUUAGCCUUUUUGUUUUUAUGUCUGUCGCAACAAAACAGAUUAACUUUUUUUGUGAUAUCAAUGUUGUAAAAUCAUUUUUUAUUCUUUCUAAUUUACAUAUUUGGUCUGAAGUCAAUGUAUACUCUUGUAGAGUUUACACAGAUUUUUACAAGCCUUAUAUAAGUUGAGGUACAGAUGGUGUGUGGACUGAGCGGCAGCUCCACAUACACCAUACAUCAGUGUAUAUGCGGUGAAGUGAAAACGCGUCAUUUAAAUGCUUCCUUAUCUAAGCUAGGCUAAAGGUGUUUUUUAAUUGAAGAAGCCUUUUAUUACUUCAGUCAAACUGUAGAUAGGUCUAUUUCAUUUCCUACUUCCUGCGUUGAUUCAUUAGCUUGAACCUGUUUAUUACAAGACACCAAUGGUAAGGCAUAUGCAAUAAUUGUAACUGAGCACAUGGGAGAGAGAGCAUGGCCCUAAUGUUUACCCAAAGAGUUUAGAUUUGUAAAUUCUGAGUACACUGUGCUUUUGGUGCAAAGGUAAUUGAUUAUUAACUAUUACUUAUUAUUUACUUGUCAUUUACUACUUACUUUUGUAUCUCAUUAGGGCUUUUACCAACUCCACUGACCUUUCAGGCUCAACAGCAUCUGUGACAAAAACAAUGUCUGUUGGUUUGAAGAGCUGUGAUUAUUUGUUGCAAGGCAACUGUAGAACUUCUAGAAAAGGUGCAUGGAUAUGAAUGAAGCUGCUGUGUUCGAUCAUACCGAACAGUAUACAAAAUGACUAAGUCAUGCUUCACUGUUACCAAUAGAGAUAGGCAUAACGCUCUGUUCUCAACUGCUUAGAAUUUUCCAGCAACUUUUAAAUUCUCUAUAAUCCAAACAUGAAGUCUAAUAAAGGUCUAGAACAAAAGUCGUCAUGUUUCGUUUGUUUGUUUUCUAUGAAAGGCAACAACACAUGCACAGACACACAAUAACACGCACGUAUGAGAAUGUGGUUUGGAAGAUUGAAAAACUAGACUAAAAAAUUAUAAUUAAAAUUAUAUAGGCCAGUGUUAUAGACCAGAAACAAAACCCAUUAAAAUGCUUAUAAGAAAUGGACUGAAUAUUUUCCAUUGCAGUCUUUAUUUAUUUAGCUACAACCUUCGACAUUGUCAAUCCUUCUUCUGACAUGUACGUCAUGUCACAGGCCUUGAUGGACCCUAUGGUCUUGACAUUAACAAAGAAUAGCAAACCAAUCCUUGCAUAAUGUAAAACAAGCACACAAAAAAAACAAAAAAAAACAAAAUCCAAACUCAAAAUGUUAAUGCAUAAGAACAACAUGGCAGGUGUGCAUCUGCAAGAGUUUCACUUCCUCAUCCAUCUGAAAAUAACACGUGCAUGUGGUUUCACACUUUUCUUACACUUCAUGCACUGUUGUCUCUGUGACAUUAGAUUUAGGUUUUUUUUUUGUUUAGUUAUAAUGUACCUCCAGGACUAGAAGCUGAUCCCCAAA